AUGUCACCAGUGUCACCAAUGUCACCAGCGUCACUAGCGUCACAGACGACUCAGUGUCACCGAAACUCCGCGACGCCAUACGCGUCACCAUUGUCACAAAUGUUACUAGCGUCACAGACGUCACCAGUGACAGUCACCGAAACUCCGCGACGCCAAUUACGCGUCAUCAUUGUCACAAAUGUCACCAGCGUCACCAGCGUAACCAAUGUUACCAGUGUCACCAAUGUCACCAGCGUCACCAAUGAUACCAGCGUCACCAAUGUCACCAUCGUCACUAGCCUCACAGACGACUCAGUGAUAGUCACCGAAACUCCGCGACGCCAG